AUGGAAGGAAAAUUUUUUAGCGCUCAUGACAAAAAAACUUCUAGCCAACUUGCCCUCCGCCAAGCCGGACUGCCAAUCUCUCACUCCCGCGCACCCCGCCAACAGCGCCUCGCCCCGAUUCUGGCUUCGAGCUCGCAUCGCCGAAGACCUCUCUCUCGCACCCUCUUCCGGAAGGCCCCGUCCAGCACCCCCCCCAUGUUCCUCGUCCCUUCGGUGGGACGAAGGCGCGGCGCGCUGGCAGCGUGCAAGAGGCCGUACUGGUCGAGCAGACGCCUGAUCCUGGGCAUCGAGAGCAGCUGCGAUGACACAGCGGCUGCCGUGGUCUCGUCCGACCGAGAAGUACUAGCGAAGAGCGUGGCGAAGCAAGACGACAUCCACCUUCCAUGGCGUGGGGUCGUGCCGAGACUGGCGGCGGAGGCUCACCGAAGCGCCAUAGACAGGGUAGUCGACGAAGUGAUGGCCGAGUCGGGCGUCUCCUAUUCUGAUUUAGAGGCGGUGGCGGUUACGAGGGGUCCCGGGCUGGCGUUUUGCCUGGAAGUAGGCGUGUCCAAGGCAAAGAGCCUGGCUACGGACAGAGGCCUGCCGCUGCUGGGGAUCAACCACAUGGAGGGUCAUGCACUGGCCAUCCGUCUGGUGAGCAAUGUGGACUUCCCCUACUUGGCUUUGUUGAUAAGCGGAGGGCAUACACAAAUUUUGGCAGUACGAGGAGCAGGCGACUAUUCAUUGCUGGGCGAGACGCUGGAUGUGGCUAUUGGCGACGCCUUUGACAAGGUAGCGAGGAUGCUGGGUUUGAGGGCGAUGAACGGCGGACAAGAACUAGAAGAAACGGCUGAACUUGGAAAUCCAGACCGAUUUUCUUUUACUUUACCUAUGCAAAAGACCAAAAAUUGUGAUUUUUCGUUUUCUGGCCUUCAAACCGCCGUCCUUGAAAAGCUCAACGAACUAGGUGGUCUCUCCCAUAUCGACCGACCCUCGGUUACUGAUCUCGCCGCGUCCUUCCAACAAGUCGCCAUUGAUCAUCUGAAACAGCGUCUGAGACACGCGUUCCACUGGGCAUCCAAAAAUGAGCCUUCGAUACGCCAGCUUGUUCUUUCCGGCGGCGUCGCUUGCAACAGACGCAUAUGUCGUGAACUGGGCCUCUUUGCUAGGGACUUCGGUAUCGACCUGGCCUCUCCCCCGCCUGAGCUAUGUCGGGACAACGGAGUUAUGAUCGCGUGGGCCGGACACGAAAACCUAGCGUCGGGAAAGCCAUUCGACAACCCAAUAGGACUCCGGUAUUUGCCAAAAUGGCCCCUCGACUCAUCCGGCAUCGACUACUUUCCCGGGACGCAUUUCAGCCACCGUCUCGCCCGAGAAGAAAAAAAAAAACAAACCAUCUCGACCCACGAAACUCGCAUCGCCCAACACCCGCCGAACCCUCUCAUCUUCUAUAAAGCCAGCAAAGCCGCCUUCAAACUCCAACAAUGGGAUGCCGCCAAAAAUUUUGCCCUCCGAGGUCUCGCUCACUUCCCCGACAACGCCUACCUUCAUUCCAUCCUCCGACGCAUAGACCAGGCCGAACUCUCCCUCAGGAGCAGAUACCCCUAGGUCGUUCAAGCCCUGUACGCCCCGACGAAAAAAGCACAAAACUUGACAGGCGAAAUUGUGUGAUAGGAUAGCGGUUAAAAAACAAAACCCUUUGACAGGUUGGGGAGAGGUGCGGUCAGUUUGUCUCUUACUCCCGAGGGAGGGCAUUCAGAGCGCGUCGUUGUCCCGUCUGAAAUACUCUUCCUGCGGAUACGAAUCCAGCGAUCCGCGCAGCAGCGCCUGCACCUCGCUGAACAGAGUCGAUGCCCUUUCGCUCAAAGGGUUUUGAAGCAGAACGAGUGAAAACUGGUUGAGCGCGUCGUACAGCUUGUCGUGUCUGAGAUAGAGCUCUCCCAGUUCCAUGUAUAACGCCUCGCACGGCGCGACGGCGAUGCCAUCUUGGAGUACCUUUACGGCUAGGUCUAUUGAUUUGACUGCGUUGUUGGACGACGUGGCAGGCGCCUUGUUAAGCUGCAGGUUGGCCAUGCCAAUGUAAGCCGAGGCGCAUUUUGGGUCAAGUUGAAGGGCCUUAUUCAGAUAUUGAAGCGCUAGGUCAUGGGUCGUCGGGUCUGUGGCGUAUGCCCUGCCCAUGAGUGCCAACGACCGGGCCGACCUGGUGCCGCCUGUGCGGUUGUACACUUCUGACGCGUGCGCCAAGGCGUUUCUUGGGUCACUUUUCAAUGAUGCAAGGACAUACUGUUCUCCUGCACAGAUAGACUUGGACAGAUGCCAUGCCUGCCUUAUAGACCUUAUAGCGUUGGUAUGGUCUUUAGUACGUAGAUAGAGUUCUCCUCGGAAGAGGUGAGCCAGCCAAUUUCGUGGGUCAAUCGAAAUGACUCGAUGGAUGUGUUGAAGGGCCAAAGUCGUUUUUUUUUUUACGUCAUACCAAGUGGCCACAACAAGCCAUGUCGAGGCCUUUCUCGGUGCGAGGUUUAACAUAGAGUAGGUCAAGCUAGCAUAGGUUAGUGCAGGUCGUGCGUGCAAUGCACUUACGUUAGAACAACAUACGUGUGGAGGGCGUUGACGUUGGACCCUGUCUUUGCCAAUGCAUAGGCGUAGUAAUGCAUGUCUUCGCUGGCAUAUCUGUCGAUGCUGAGUAUGGUGUCGAAUAUGGAAAUUGCUAGCUGGUAAUCCGCAUCCCGGAUCGCUGCCACCGCCUUGACGCGGAGGUGGAGCAGGUCUCGUUUGGUGUCGGUGGUCAUGAAGAGAGCGUUUGACCCUGGCGUUGACUCAAAAAGUUUGAUUUUUGGCGGGACCGACAUAUUUUUAGACAGGCAAUGGAGGUUGCUGACGACGGAGCGAUACCAAUUCCAAAGGGACGAUCGGACGUUUUUACAAUUGGGACCGGUCAGCGAAGAGGUUGCGGCGAAAAAGUUGUUUGGGAAUGCGUCCAAUUCAAUCAGUUCUAGCACGGCUUCCAAACAAAAUGGAUUGAUUUCUAGUGCCUGUUGAAAGAGGGAGAUAGCGGUGCUCUCCUUGUCGAGAGCGAGUGCUACUUUUGCCAUUGACGUGACUGAACAGAUAGUGUGUGAUGCU